AGGGGCGGGGGCAGCUGGAGGUGCUUGUCCUGAGCUCGGAGGGGACGGGACCCCCUAGCCCGCCCCGGGAUGGGCGGCAGCGAGAGCAGCAGGAAGGUCUCGUUCGAGCUGGACGAGCAGGAGCGCGUGCGGGUGCUGCAGGGAGUGCGGCUCACUGAAGAUGUAGUAAAUCGAAUGAAAGAGUCUUCUCAACCAACAAGGGACCAGAGACCAUCUUCCUUUCCUCCUCCCUCUUCCCGUGGCACUACAUCUCCACAAGCUGCAGAAGAGAAGGCCAAGUCUCCUACAGGAGUCCAGCCACCAACGGUGAAAAGCUCUGGUCAGAAGCCUUCAGAGGCAGAGGAGGACCUGUACAGGAGAUAUGAGCGAGAGCAGGCACUGGUCCAAGAGGAGCUCCUUCGGCUGGCUAAGAGGGAACGGGAGGCAGCUAGUGAGGCCCUGAGUACUGCCCUUCAGCGGGAAAGGAGCAGCACCAAUGAAGAGAGGCAGAGGGCUGCUCAGCUGCCUGCGGAUUUGGACGCCUGGGCCCAGGAGCUGCAGAGCAAAGAGGUGGAGCUGAAGCGUCAAGAGACCUUCUAUAAGGAGCAGUUGGCCCGCAUCGAGAGGAAGAAUGCUGAACUGUACAAGCUGACAUCGGAGCAGUACCAUGAGGCGGCCACCAAUGCUGAGCAUCGGAUAAAACAAAAGCCUGAUUUAGCUUACUCAGUGGGAGGGGGAGAGGAGGAACUGAAAUCCUGGAUUUCAUGCGUGCACAGCCUUCCUUCCCAUUGGACAGCAGAGAAGCAAAGGCGAAGGAGCACUGAACCUGUCUGUGCCGGGCUGCAGUCAGAAAUCUUGAAGUGCUACCAAGCAAACAAACAUGAAGUACUCAAGUGCUCGGAGCUGGCCAAAGAGUACCAGCGCUGCGUCAGUGCAGCUCGGAAGGAACUUCUAGUGAAUUACGGAUAAAUUCUGGCAGCUGUGAAAGAGCAGAGCACAGGGACCACAGAAGCCCUCAGAAGCCCAGUGUCCUUGGAUAAACACAGACCAAACUUGGUGCCUUCUGUCUAUAGCAGUCAGGAAAAUGACAUGAUUCCUCUUCUAAAUGCCUGCAUGUAAUGGUCUCAAUGGAUGUGUUUGAAGGUGGGGGAGGGAGGGAGGGCUUGGGGAGAGCAGCAUUGAUCUGGGAAAUGUGCUUCAUCUUUUUAAAUUCCAUCAUUGCGAACAGGAUGCCCACGAACACAAGUGGGCACAGCCUGGUUUGUCACAUAGAAGCCAUCUAACACAAGGCCCAUCGCCCUCGUACUAGCUUUGGUUUUGCUCACCCAGUCUUUCACGAGCUGUUGCCUUUGUCCUUGUGCUCCAGAGAAAGGAAUCUGAAAUAUUCAGGGAAGUAACCCUGACCUGCUUGUUAGGAUUAACUGUUCCUCGUGUGCUCCUGUUUGUAACACCAGCAGGCACAUUCCUUCCCUUGCAAGGCUCCCUCCAAAGAACAAUAAAGUGUUUAAUGGUC